UUAAGCAUGAAAACGGAUUGGUUAUACUGAAUUCAGAUAUAAAACCGUUGAACUCUUUCCCUGAAAUAACAGCAAGUGGCAGUCAGAAUACCGACCACAUGCACAUCGAUGAACCAUCUCAACCCCACCAGAUUGAGAAUAGUGCGAACGACUUUUCCUCAUCCGCGUCCCUGUCCAACACAUUUUACGACAUGGGGGACACUUCUGUAUCGUCAAAGUUAUCUGCACUGGUGAACCAAGAAGACAUGGAUGGUCUGAAGCGGAGUCAGGAGUUCAUCUCGGCCAAGUUGAUCAAAACCAAUGACAGACUGAAACAGUUCAACCAGUUCUCAUCGGACACUCUCAGAAACCAGCAGUGGAAGUUCGAGGAAAACACCAAAGUGUUGCUGGACCUGCAUAAAGAUUUAGUGGCAAUCAGUUCCAUCACGAGGAGUUUGCGCCACAAACUGUCGCAGCAGUAUCCAGAAGAAGCCAAACAAGCCACGGAGAGUCUAGCUGAUCUGUUGCCAGAUAACAAUGAAGACGAGUGAACUAAAUGUUCCAUUUUUUUUUGUUUUUCCAACAUGAAAUAUAGUAGACAGAUUAAUUUAAUUUGAUGCAUCUUG